AAUUCACUUCCAGAAACCAACACUACUCAAGUGUUCCUCAUCCUCUGUCUCUCAGACAAAAUUUCCACAACGGUCUGAAACUGAAGAAGAAGAAUAUCUUUUCACUUCUAGCCUUAGUUGUCGGACCAAAACUCAUCUGUCCGGGUAAACUGUGAGGUUCUAACUAAUUCUGCUCAAGAACCGCGAAAGGGGUUUCUCCAAUGCCCCAAAUCUGACCGGAAAUUAAGAAUUUGGGUUGUUCCGGGAAUUCAAAGUUAAGUAAUGUCGACAAAUACAACAUCACCACCAUUACCAGCACCAGUUCCAACAUCACCACCAACUACAGCAGCACCACCACCAGAUAAUUCAACAGCGGCGGCUUCCCCACCAGCUCCAACAACUACAGUACCACCACCUACUACUUCACCUCCUAGUACAGUACCACCACCAACUGGAUCUCCACCAGCAGAUGCAUCGCCGCCAGCACCAGCAGGAGGAACUUCACCUACUCCACCUUCAACUCCAACAACACCUGGUAGUACUGUGACACCAUCUGCUCCUUCUGGUUCUUCAUCGCCUUCAGGGGGAACUGGAAGAUCUCCCCCAUCCAAUUCCAAUCCAACAACCCCUUCUUCGCCUUCUCCUUCUGGAAGUAAAGUUAAUACUGGGUUGAUUUCAGGAAUUGUUAUUGGUGGUGUUGUGGUUCUUGUAAUUGUUGGUUUAUUGUUUCUCUUCUUUAAGAAAAAGAAAAGAAGAGAUAAUCGCCCUCCUAAUUACUAUGUUCCUCCUCCUCCUGGUCCAAAAGGUAGUGGUUUUGGUGGGCAACCCCAACAAUGGCAAAACACUGCAUCUCCUCCGCCAGCGGAGCACUUUUCAGUUCCACCAAAACCGGCUCCUCCUCCACCAAGACCACCACAUUCACCAGGUCGUUUUCCGCCUCCCUCGAUGCCACCUCAACCUUUUAUGAGCAGCAGUGGAGGUUCUGGGUCAAAUUAUUCAGGGUCGACAAAUCCAUAUCCACCACCAUCUCCUGGCAUGUCACUAGGAUUCUCAAAGAGCACGUUCACGUAUGAAGAAUUAAAAAUGGCAACAAAUGGAUUUUCAGAUGCCAACCUUCUGGGGCAAGGUGGGUUUGGGUAUGUCCACAAAGGAGUCCUUCCAAAUGGUACAGAAGUCGCAGUUAAGUCACUUAAAGCUGGAAGCGGUCAAGGGGAACGUGAAUUUCAGGCUGAGGUCGAAAUCAUUAGCCGAGUUCAUCACAGACACUUAGUUUCGCUGGUCGGUUACUGCAUGGUUGGAGACAAAAGAAUGCUGGUUUAUGAGUUUGUGCCCAACAACACCUUGGAGUUCCACUUACAUGGAAAGGGUAGACCAACCAUGGACUGGAGUACAAGGCUGAAAAUUUCCCUGGGAUCUGCAAAAGGACUGGCAUAUUUACACGAAGAUUGCCAUCCUAAAAUUAUUCAUCGUGAUAUAAAGGCUGCUAAUAUUCUUAUUGAUUUUAAAUUUGAGGCUCAGGUUGCAGAUUUUGGACUGGCGAAAAUCGCUUCUGACACCAACACCCAUGUCUCCACACGUGUAAUGGGAACUUUUGGGUACCUGGCUCCAGAGUAUGCAUCAAGCGGUAAACUCUCUGACAAAUCAGAUGUCUUUUCUUUUGGGGUCAUGCUCCUAGAGCUAAUUACUGGGAGACGACCUGUUGAUUCAAAUCAAUCAUACAUGGAUGAUAGCUUGGUGGAUUGGGCACGACCAUUACUGAGCAGAGCAAUGGAAGAAGGGGUCUUCGACGCACUCGUAGAUCCAAAGUUGCAAAAUGCCUACAAUCCUAAUGAAAUGAAACAAAUGGUUGCAUGUGCUGCUUCCUGUGUGCGCCAUUCUGCACGUCGUCGACCGCGAAUGAGCCAGGUGGUUAGGGCUCUAGAAGGCAAUAUCUCUCUUCAAGAUCUAAAUGAAGGAAUUAGACCAGGUCAAAGUUCAGCAUUUAGUUCAUAUGGAAGCUCAGAUUAUGACACGGUCCAAUACAAGGAGGACAUGAUAAAGUUCAGGCAGAUGGCAUUGGCUAGCCAGGAUCAUGGCAACCCUCCUACUGGAUAUAGUGGAGUGACUAGUGAAUACGGUCUGAACCCUUCUGUCUCAAGUAGUGAAGGCCAACAAACCCAAGAAAUGGAGAUGGGUAGGUUAAAGAAAGAUAGUCAAGGUUCAACCGGAAGUUUGUGAGUUCUGACACUCCUGUAAAAAUCCCUCGUGAUGACCCCUCUUUUUUCUUAUUAUUUUUUUUUCUAUUAUUUUUUUUUUCUUUUUGAUGCAGGAAAGAAUAUAUUGGUUAGGCAUUAAAAUUACAACUAGUGAUAUCCCCUUGUACCCAUGCACUAACGUCAGGUGGUAGAUUAUCACCGUACUCAUAGUUUGUACCACUGGUUCUAGCUUUCUUAGCUACUAAAUCGGCUACUCAAUCCUUCAUGAAUUAUCAAAACUUAUAAAAUUGGUGAACA